AUGAACUUCAAGAAACUCUUCAGUAUAAAUAAUCACAACAAUACUCGCAUGAAGCGGCCAGAUUAUCAAGAUAAAAACGUCGUGCCACGCCUUCCGCAAACUCGUCCACGAGCUUUGACUCUGCAGGAACCUAGCCAACAGACAGCGGGCCUCUUGGAGAGGCUGCCGAUUGAGCUCCGCCUUCUCAUCUAUAACGAAGUUCUCGGCCAUCACAGAGUCCAUGUGGUAUUCGAAUUUGGACUACGCGAAUACCGCACAUAUAAACGCAGGGAGCAUUUAGAGUGGCGAUGGUCAGGACGGGUAGAUGGGAAUCCAGGUCCCCCAAAUGGAAUGAUGGGCAAGAUAAAGCUUAAUUUCGCGAUCUUGCUGACAUGUCGACAAAUAUAUUCCGAAGCAAUCGAUAUCCUCUAUAGUACCACAACCUUCCUCUUCGCCACUCGCCAGCUCCUCUCUAGCUUUCCGUCAUUAGUUCUCCCGCACCGCUUCGCACUUAUCAGUUCUAUUGAAACAACAUGGAAUUUUGUCGGUCUAGGCGAACCGACCAUCUCUGUUGCGGACCAGAAAUGUUAUUAUGACAUGUGGGCUAUGCUUGGAGGCAUGCCCAAUCUCAAGCGCAUCAGGAUCAGUGUUGCUGCCUAUGAGUGCCCUAAUCCACCACCCGACAAUCUUAAGGAAGUGUGGCUAGGGCCGCUCAAACAGCUAGGGAAACUGGGAAUUUUUGAAGUGCUGGUCCCCGAGUCGUAUGCGAGGCAUUUCGGGGUUGAUGAUGGAUCGAACUUCACGCUGGGAACGUUCCGCGAUAUACCAUGCCCGGUUACGUGUCAUGCUGGGUAA